UACAAUAAUAACAACGAUAUACCGGGUAUUGGAAUAUUGAUUAUAGAGUUUGUUUUGGGUCCUCAGCAGCAGCAGCAUUCAUGCCAGCACUUGUUCUUCGAUGUUGAAAAGAAAGACACGUCAUCUAUUUAUUAACAGAAGUUGAAUAGAGCGACGUGUGCUAUUUUUUCCCCAAAAAGAUGACCAAGGAUGCAAAAAGUGCUGCUACAAUACGACGGAGAAAGAAAUGCAACAGUUUUAUUGAUUUUGAGCGAUUCAAAAGCAGCAGAGCUUCGUCACCUCAUGAGCAAAUUCGUCAGAAUCCAGAAGACCAUGAGAGCUAUCUGUUUGAUGAUGAAAUUUUAGGUCCACUGAUUGUCAAGAAGAUUAUGUCUUCAGAAAAGUCUUUAUUUUUUGCCCUUAUUUGCAUAAGAAUUGUUAACUCUUUACUGAUUCAAACAAGCUUUGUUCCGGAUGAAUACUGGCAAUCAAUUGAAGUUGCACAUCAUAUGGCUUACGGAUAUGGUUAUAAAACAUGGGAAUGGAAUAACGGUCUUAGAGGCUAUUUAUAUCCAAGUAUUUUUGCCAUUUUCUACAAGAUUUUGGCAAUACUGGGAAUGGAUAACAGAGUCAUGUUGAUCAAGUUUCCCCGCAUCAUUCAAGGAGUGAUAGCAGCCUGUGGAGACCUCUACCUGUACAAGUUGUCCUGGCUACUCAGUGACCGCGCCACUGCCCAGUGGGCAUUGUUCUGUCAGAUGACUAACUGGUUCAUGCUCUAUUGUUCCACUAGGACUCUAACAAACAGCACUGAGACAGCAAUUGUAACUGCUGCACUAUAUUACUAUCCAUGGCCGUUGAAAGUGACCACACAGCAGUCAGUGAGGAGGUUCCUGUCUCUGGCGGCCUUGUCCAUCCUCGUACGGCCCACAGCGGCCAUCAUCUGGAUCCUCAUGUGUGCCUGGCAUCUUCAGACCAACACACACAGGCUACCUGCUACACUCAAGCACUACUUUCUUGUUGGCCCAGUAACCUUGCUGCUGUCAGCCGCACUUGACCGUGUGUUCUAUGGAGAGUGGACCUGCGUGCAGUAUAACUUCCUCAAGUUCAAUGUCCUAGGGGGUGGGGGCUCCUUCUAUGGCACCCAUCCUUGGCACUGGUAUCUCACACAGGGCUACCCAGUCAUCAUGGGUCUGCACGUGCUUCCAUUUCUACUUGGCAUAUGGAGGGCAAAAAAUAAAGUUCCACUUCUGGUUAUAAUCUGGACCAUCUUUAUAUACAGCUGCCUGGCACACAAGGAGUUCAGAUUUCUGAUGCCAAUACUACCAUUAAGCUUUCACUACUGUGGCUUGUUUUUCCAAAACUACUGCAAGAAACCAAAACUGAAAAAGCAACUGAUUAAAAAAGAUGUUCAAAACACUUUGUGUUCUGAUAAGAAGGAAAAUGUCCUUAUAAGUAAUCCAACCAAAAAUUCUACAAUAUCCAGUGAAGAACCUGAAGACAACAAAGAUAAUACUUCAGGAGUCAAUGAAAAGACACUUCAACAGAAAGACGUUUCUGACAUGGCCGAAGCGUCACGAAAACAGAAUGCAGUUCAUAAAGCACAUUUAUUUAGAGCUAAAUUACUUGUCAUAUUUCUUUUACUCAUAAACAUUCCAGCAACAAUGUACUUUAGUUUGAUCCACCAACGAGGGACCAUUUAUGUCAUGAAGUUUUUGCAUGAUGUCAGUUAUGAGCAACAUACAGACGUCUUAUUUCUGAUGCCAUGUCAUUCUACACCUUACUAUAGUUACCUUCACAGAAAUAUCAGCAUGCGAUUUCUUACAUGUGAACCAAACUUGAAACAAGAAGACAACUAUGUGGAUGAAGCCGAUGCAUUUUACAGAGAUCCAGUAUUGUGGCUGAAGUCCCAAUAUGCUGCAACAGCUGCACCAUGGCCAUCACAUUUAGUAUAUUUCAACUCCUUGCAAAACGAGUUGAGUCAGUAUUUACUGCAGAAUGGCUACAAGGAUUGUGCUAGUCUAUUUCACACACAUUUACCAGAGGGCAGAGUGGGCAGUCAUGUAAUCGUUAGCUGUAGAUAGCAUUUGUAUUGGUAUAACACCAUGCCAAUAUACAGAAUACAAACGGACCAGGUGGUUUUCCAGUGUUCCAAUUUAUAUAAGGUUUAUGGAAAAUUAACAAUAUUCAUAAAGAUUAUGCUUAUUUUAAUAUAUUAUUUUUUAUACGAAUUCAUUUAUGCAAUAUAUAUGUUGACACUAUUAACAUUAUGUGCUUCACUUGGUAUAAAAUGCCCAAAAAGUAUUUAUGCUUGAAGGCUGAACAUUUACAAGUGUUUGAACCAUUGUGUGAACUUUACUUUCAUAUUUUGAUUGGGAUGCUUUUGAUAGAAAUAGAGUUAUGGCCCUAUUUAUCCAUUGCAAAAAAUGUUUAAGGAUAUAGAAAUGAAUGGCAUUGUCUCACUGUUCUACGCACAACUGCGCAAACAGAUAUCACUUCUAGUGUGUUUAUAAGUUUUUU